CCACCUCCGCCAACCCCUCCCUUCUCUCUCUCUCCCAGCCUGUCAGUGCCGUAGCUAGUAUCCGAGGUGAAGAAUCCUCCCCUAGACCCAGAGAGCGACCCAGCCUGCCGUAAACCUGACCGAGGCUUGGAGCCCACUCUCAGCCAUGGCUACUACUAUCGUUACCUCCACCCGCUUUACAGAUGAAUACCAACUCUACGAGGAGCUCGGGAAGGGAGCGUUUUCAGUGGUGCGCAGAUGUGUGAAGAAGUCAUCAGGUCAGGAGUUCGCCGCCAAAAUCAUCAACACCAAGAAACUCUCCGCCAGAGAUCACCAGAAGCUGGAACGAGAGGCUCGUAUCUGCCGUCUGCUCAAACAUUCAAACAUAGUGAGACUACAUGACAGUAUCUCAGAGGAAGGCUUUCACUACCUUGUCUUUGACCUGGUGACGGGAGGAGAGUUGUUUGAAGACAUCGUUGCUAGGGAGUACUACAGCGAGGCCGACGCCAGUCAGUGUAUUAACCAGAUCUUGGAGAGUGUUCAACAUAUCCACCAGCAUGACAUCGUCCACAGGGACCUCAAGCCUGAGAACCUGUUGCUGGCCAGUAAGAUGAAGGGAGCAGCAGUGAAGCUGGCAGACUUUGGCUUGGCCAUCGAGGUGCAGGGUGACCAACAGGCAUGUACCAACCCUGCUGCUGUGUCCUCCACCGCCUCGCUGGCGCAGGAAGGUACGUCACAGAGACACGCCCUCUUACUUCCUCUACACACACUUCCGGCUUCAUGUUUAAGCCCCUCCCACAUCAUACUUAAAGGAAGCACCAUGGUUUCUUUAACUUCUGAAGGGGUCGGCAGGUUAUCUAGACCCUUUUUCUCCUGCAUGCAGCUCACGCUAGCCACACACACACACACACACACACACACACACACACACAUGAACGAGACUACGAUAUGGAUGUUUUUAAGGAUGAUGCUAAUACCAUGCACACAGGCUAAAUACAUAACAGGAGAGAGUGAGGUGACAGGAGAGAUGUUUCAGCUCUUCUAUUGCUUUUCUCUCUUUACAGCAUGCAAAAGUUUACUUAACAAAAAGGCGGAUGCGCUAAGCCUACGACCAACAACAACAGUAAGAAACAGCAUAGUGAGUGCCAUCAAUGCCAUGAAGGACAACAGCAUGGCCGCUGCACAAAUGGAAUCUCAAAAUACACUGGUUGCUGCUGAUGGGGUCAAGGGUUCUACAGAGAGUAGCAACACAAAUGAGGAUGAGGAUAUGAAAGCAGACAGCGUUGUGAUGAUGAGUCAGGGAAGUGCUACAGACGAGAUGCCCUCUCUUCUGACCUCGUCUGACAACUCGCCUGCCACCGUUCCUCUGCAUGAUGUAAAGCGCAUGGCGUGGAACGGCUCUGAUCAAGGCUCCAACCCCGAGUCUGAGCAUGCUCAGUCUGCUCCGCCCGCCGCUCCACUAGGGAGCAACAAUGUCCCUGUAACAGCCAAUACYACAGCACAGCACACUCGUAAGCAGGAGAUAAUCAAGAUAACUGAACAGCUGAUUGAAGCCGUGAACAAUGGAGACUUUGAGGCCUACACGAGGAUCUGUGAUCCAGGUCUGACUUCCUUUGAGCCUGAAGCUCUGGGGAACCUGGUGGAGGGAAUGGACUUCCACAAGUUCUACUUUGAAAACUUGCUGAGUAAGAACAGUAAGCCUGUCCACACCACCCUGCUGAACCCCCACGUUCAUCUGAUUGGAGAGGAGGCUGCCUGCAUCGCCUACAUCCGCCUUACACAAUUCGUCGAUGGCCAGGGCCGCCCCCGCUCCAGCCAAUCGGAGGAGACUAGGGUGUGGCAUCGCCGCGACAGCAAGUGGCUCAACGUUCACUUCCACUGCUCUGGUGCUCCGGCCGCACCGCUGCAGUGAUCUGGUGUCCAAACACUCCAGUUGGAGUGUGAGUUUUUUGGGGGCGUGUUUUCGGCUAGUGUGUUUUGGGGGUGUGUCCUCUUUGUGGAUUGGCCCAUGCCAGGAGCCCGGCCGGGCAAGACUGCACCCUCUCUGCAACACCAACCAAUCCCGUCUAUCCUUUGAUCCGCUGGGGGGCGGCCGAGUGUGGACUCCGCCCCUGUGGGAAUGAUGCAUGCAUCUGACGCCCAAUAGGAGGGCUUGUCCUUUGACCUCUGACCCCUCCYACCCGGCAGCCAUUUUGUCUCCCGUCCACGGCAGCCAUUUUGAGAUGAUGAGAGGAGCGGGGGGAGGAAGGGUUAAUGAACUUGUAAUGCCAGAUAUGACAAUGAGUUGUAAGUAUACAGGAUAAUAUAUGACUAGUAUCAGACAACACCCAACCCUACCAAGCAUUUAUAUAUACGUGGAAUGAGAGGAGAGGAGAAUGUGUGUGAUUUGUAAGAGGUGACAUGUUGGGUUUUGUAAAUGGAGAAUUCCCUAGCAGAAUUCUGAACGGAAGGACAGUCGGUUCGAUCAGAAAGGAUGUAAUAACUUGAUGUGAGGAAACACCAAAGUGUACAACUGUAGGCUUUUUACACGUUUCUGUGUUCUUUGCUGCUUUAGUUUUUUGAGGGAAGGGAUGGUAGGGGGGUGCAUUCGAGAGCGAUUUUGUUUCUGUUGUGUUUUUAGCCUUGUGUUUACGUUGCGUUUCUGUGGACUGUGUCUGAGUCUGUUUGAGACWAAUUGUAAGUGACUGAGUUUUAAAAGGGGUUUUAUUGUAAAAGUGAAGCUGCAAUGUGUACUGUCUGUUUUAUCUGUCUGCAGUGGGAGAGAGGGACUUUUGGGAAAAGGCGUCUGCAUUUUGCAUGUUUUCUCUCGCUCUCUCCCUUUCCUCACCCCUCCCCUCUCCGUUUCACUCUCCCACCCUCUGGCUGUGUUUUAGAUGGUGUGUGUAUAUAAGUCUAAGAGACUCAUUCAGAGUGCACGACGAAGGGGUGAACACCAUCUGGUCACACACACCAGCCGUAGUCCCAUGGCCGUGUUCCUGACCCCAUUUUGACAUAACCUCUGACGGCUACAUGUUUGUUGACACCGUGUGACGAUCAACAAGGCGCUCACACGUCAACACAUGCACGCCUCCCGCCCAAAUUCUUACUCUAUCUUCACGUCCUGAGCCUCCAGUCUCACACGUUCUGUGUAAAUGCAUAUCGUGAACACACUUGCUCACACCUACACACUCUGUGGUGUGUCAGGCGUUGUAACAUAUCUUCACCGCUGCACCGUCUCCAUGGUGAAACUCCGGUAGUGUGUUUUCAUCCGUUCUUUGUGCGGUGUCCCUCCAUUAGUAACAGUGUCCUUCAUUCUCCCCUCUCUUCUCUUCGGUGUCUGUUUCUCUGUUUGAAUGUCUCUCUCUCUGUGUGUCUGUCUGUCUCCUGGUUUGGGUUUUGUUGACAAUGUUUUUGUUUACUGUUUGCUGUUUGGAAAGUUCUGCACUCUAUAUAUAUCUCACACACACUAAA